AUGGUCAAGCGCCUGCGACUUCCCUUUCGCAUCCCCUUCUUCCGUAUCUUCUACAGCACAACUUAUACGACCCUCUUCCUGCUCAUCCUCCUCUUACUGGCAAUCACUCCAGCUACCCUUAUCUAUACCGCUCUUCGUGCCAGCGCUUUUCAAUAUGUCUUCGAGAUCGGCGGCGUCUAUGUCCUGGUCAUUAUCUUCACCCUCUUCAUCUACUCGAGUCGACUCUAUACAAAUCGCUCUGUUUUGGCCGCCGUCGGCAAGUCUUGGAUUCCAGUACAACCCGGCGAGGUCAGCAAAAAUGUUCGCAAGGAGGUUGUCAAGGCUGCGAACCGAUGCGCCUUGAUUGCAUUCGAAACAAAGCCGAGGAAUCUACAACCUGAGCUCAUUCGGCUAAAGAAGCAAGAUGAGGAUUCGAGCCACGAUGGUUAUGAUGGUCAUUCCACGACUGUCGGCAAGAUUGUACACGUCGACCCACAACGUCCUCCCUGGGGUCGAGUCUCACAUGCUGGCUGGUCUUCUCCCUCUCAACUAGACGCAAAUCUCGCUCCCCAUAUCCAGUUCCGUACUGUUGUCAUGGAGCUGCCCAACCUUGUGGAAGCUCGCGCUGUUUCGCUAGCUCCUCCGGAUACAUCUUUCGACAUCCCCAAGGAUGGCACCGCUACUGCCGACGAACAGGUUGUGAGCUUGCUAUCUAGGAAGCCGACGGCAGAUAUGCGAUCAUAUCUAGCUCAACUCUCCAGCCUCGGCCUCAUUCCCCCGGAUGCUGGUCAAGACUUUGUCCAACGUUACGAACAUGCUCGUUUUUCUCCUAUACAAAUCAACGAGGCUGAAUUCGAAGAUCUCAUGUCGGCGUUCGCCCAUCUACUCGCGAAUAUGAACCAACUCCCAUCACGCGUCAUCGACCUGGCUCACUCUCAAAGCUCCGAACUAUCGUCUUCCGAUACAUCAAGCUUAUCCUCUAUUUCAUCCCGCAGCGACAGCAUAUCCUCUUCUAUCGCUGGUUCUGUGUUCCGCGCCCGUAUGCCUAACUCAAGAUUACCAUCUUUCUAUACUCCGCGCGCUUCAAUAUCUGUAGCACGCACACCUUCUCCGACCGCCCGUCGUGCAGUCCCAUAUUCUACGCCUCGACCUCAUACCUCGCAGACAGGCAACACUGUCUAUCAGGACGGCAAGGCCUAA